ACCGUCCAAUAGCGUGUGAGGGAAUCGUAACGAGACUCCAUGAUUGGCUCGUUCACAUGCCAGUCUUCUUAGAGCCGCUGUUUCCCGCCAUCGCCCACCUUACCGUGCGCGCGCGCUGAUCAGUGCACACCGGUGAUAUAAACCCACAUCAGCAGGUGAUCGUCGCCAUGGAGAUGCAGGUGUGUGACGAGGCGAUCUGCACGUCCCCCGUAGACGACAGCAAAACCAACCUGAUCGUGAACUACCUGCCGCAGAACAUGGCGCCGGACGAGCUGAAGAGUCUGUUCGGCAGCAUCGGGGACAUCGAGUCCUGCAAGAUCGUGCGGGACAAGAUCACAGGUCAGAGUCUGGGUUAUGGGUUUGUGAACUAUGUGGAGCCCAAAGAUGCAGACAAAGCCAUAAGUAUUUUAAAUGGACUCAAACUGCAGGCCAAAACCAUCAAGGUGUCGUUCGCUCGCCCGAGCUCCGCCUCUAUCCGCGACGCUAACCUGUAUGUGAGCGGCCUCCCGAAGACCAUGACCCAGAGCGAGCUGGACCUGCUGUUCUGCCCGUUCGGCCGCAUCAUCACCUCCAGGAUCCUGCUGGACCAGCUCUCAGGCGUGUCGCGAGGCGUGGGCUUCAUCCGCUUCGACCGGCGCACAGAGGCCGAGGAGGCCAUUAAAGGGCUGAACGCACAGAAGCCGCCCGGAUCCACUGAGCCCAUCACUGUGAAGUUCGCCAACAACCCCAGUCAGAAGAGCCUGCCGUGUGUGUCGGCCGGCAGACGCUACGCUGGAGCGCUAAUGCACCCCGCACACAGAUUCAGGCUGGACAACCUGCUCAACGCCUCCUAUGGAGUCAAAAGAUUCUCUCCCGUGUCCAUCGAUGGAGUCGGGUUCCCUCACGCCGCUGGCUGGUGUAUCUUCGUGUAUAAUCUCGCCCCGGACGCAGACGAGAGCGUCCUCUGGCAGAUCUUCGGCCCGUUCGGCGCCGUCAUCAACGUCAAGGUCAUACGAGACUUCAGCACAGACAAGUGCAAAGGCUUCGGCUUCGUGACCAUGAGCAGCUACGAGGAGGCGGCCGUCGCUAUCGCUAGUCUGAACGGGUACCGGCUCGGGGAACGGGUUCUGCAGGUGUCCUUCAAGACCAGCAGAACACACACGGCCUGAGCCGAACACAGCCAAUAUUUCAUCUUCUGCUUGUGUUCUUAAAGUGGUUUACUUUUAAAAACAUCUGUUUCAGUGGAAUAACAGCCACUGGAACUUUGAGUGUUUUGUUUUCGAGUCAUCUUCUAUUUUAGAUUUCUACAUUUCUCUGGUCUAAGUGCUUUAAAGUUCAUUUACUAAUUCAGUUUCUUUAACAUUGACUUGUGAGUUUUGUUUUUUAAGUUUUUUUCUUUGUUGCAUAAUGUUACUUAACGUAAAUUGUUUACUUGAUGUAAAAAGGCCAAAAUUCCUAAAGCGAUUAUAUAUGGUAAAAAAAAGAAGCUUGGAAGUUUAAAAGCAUCUAUUUUUAUAAAAGAGAAAUUGAAACAUU